AUGAAGCAUGUGAACAUUAGUAAAAACACGAAGUUUUUUGAUGCAUCUAACGAUAUUCGUGACAAUGAUAUCGAAAACCAUGCCGAAUCGGUGAGUUUUCUGACUUUAAAAUGCGACUUAAAAGUAGCCAAAGUGAAACUAGAUGCUUCAAAACGUUUAGCAAGUGAGUUAGAACGAACUAUUAAUAAUCAAGAACUCAUAAUUAGUCUUUUACAAAAUCCAAAAAAUUUGGAGGUUAACUAUGGUCCGAAUACCAAUAACCGAAGCGCUGUUGCCACUGUGUCAUUAAAAUCUGAAUAUGCGAGGAUUGUGAAUUUGGCUAGCAACUAA